CAAGAUGAAGCCCCCGGAGGUUAUAGUCGUGCUGAUAGCCCUGGUACAAGUUUCUCAGAGUUUCCCUGCCUUGUACUAUAGGAGCUGGUUGAGAUUGUUAAGGGAAGGAGACAGCUGUGGGAAAUGCAAUUCGGAACUUUGCUCCCAGCCUACACACUGUCCAGCUGGGACUGUUUUGGAUCAGUGCGGCUGCUGUCCUGAAUGUGGGAAUGUGGAAGGGCAGAUCUGUGACUUGGACAAGGUCAGUCAUUUCUACGGGCAAUGUGGGGAGAACUUGGAGUGCAGGCUGGACACCGACGAACCCAAGUUUGGGGAAGUUCCUGAACCACAAUGUGUCUGCAAAUCCCAGGAAAGUGUCUGCAGCUCCGAAGGCAAGACCUAUGAGAACAUUUGCCAGUUCAACGAGGCUUAUUCUGAGAAGGAAAGAAAUAUCAGCAUGAAGCACAAAGGGCCGUGUGAAUCAGCUCCUGUCAUUUCUUUGGCACCUCAGGAUGCUCAGAAUUUCACAGGUAACGACAUCAUCUUUGGCUGUGAGGUGUCUGCCUAUCCUACGCCACACCUUGAGUGGAAGAAAAAAGGGAACAAAAUGUUUCUGCCAGGAGAUGAUGCCCACAUCUCAAUCCAGGCAAGAGGCGGACCUCAGAAGUACGGUGUGACAGGAUGGCUGCAAAUUGAAGGCAUCAGGAAAUCGGACGAAGGCAUCUACAUCUGCCAAACGAAAAACAAGUUCGGCACGGCACAUGCAUCUGCAAGACUGAAAGUCAUUGACGAUGCGUCCUCUACAUUUCAGCUUUCUGCUGGCAGCAGAAGUACAAGCUACACGGCAGAUCAUGGAGACUACGAUGACUAUGCUGAAGAUGACGAGGAAGAUGAAUAUGAAUCUGGGGACUAUGAGAAAUAAGUUCCUGUGGUUGUCUAGACAUAAGGGGCCAAUAUGCUUCCCUUUCAGCUGCAUUUACUAGUAUGAUCUGUGCUGUUAAGAAUCCCUUCCUUCCCCUACUUUAUAUACCACUCUUCUGAAAUUUGCAGGGUGUGCUCAGUCAUUUGGUCAAAUGGUUGUGUAUUACAUAUCAUUAAUAAUGGUCAGAUAGACAUCAGCUAUCAAACUAUUGAACACAAUGGGACUGCCUAUUAAGUAUUUCAGAAAAAACCAUCUCCGGUUUAAUUUAAUAAAAUGGUGAAGUCAUAAUUUAGAACAUUAAGAUUGGAU